GACGUCUUGUCCAAGCCCUCUUUUAUAGCAGCAGACCAGGCUUACAGUUUCUUGUCAGGGGGCUGGAGCUCCCUGGGCCAAAGCCAGGAGCAGCAGCCAAGUAAAACCCUUACUGGAUAUUGUCUGAGCCCAAAAGCCCUCUGCCCUGACAUGGAUGAAGACACAGAGUUAGAGUACGUCUCUGAAACAGCAGACGUACCAUCGCCCUUUGAGCUCCUAGAACCUCCGACCUCUGGAGGGUUUCUGAAGCUGUCCAAACCCUGUUGCUACAUCUUCCCUGGAGGCAGGGGAGACUCUGCAUUGUUCGCGGUUAAUGGAUUUAACAUCCUGGUGGAUGGAGGAUCUGAGAGGAAGUCUUGCUUCUGGAAGUUGGUUCGACACCUAGACAGGAUCGACUCUGUUUUACUCACCCAUAUUGGUGCAGACAACCUCCCCGGCAUAAAUGGAUUGUUCCAGAGGAAGAUCGCAGAGCAGGAGGAAGAGCGUAACCAAGGAUCUGGCUCCAGAGGUAAUGGUGACUGGAUGAAGAACCUGAUCUCCCCUGAGCUUGGGAUUGUGUUUUUUAAUGUUCCAGAGAAGCUAAGGAUGCCAGAGCCCUCACUGAAGGUCAAACGAAGCAUUGAAGAAGCAUCUCUGACAUUACAGUACCUCAACAAGCUUGGCAUCACACCUGAGCCGCUUCACAGGGUAGUCAGCAACACUAUCGAACCUAUCACACUGUUCCACAAACUGGGCGUAGGAAAGUUAGAGAUGUAUGUCUUGAACCCUGUAAAAGAAAGCAAAGAGAUGCAGUUCCUGAUGCAAAAAUGGGCAGGAAAUAGCAAAGCCAAGACAGGAAUUAUGAUGCCAAAUGGAAAAGAAGGAGAAAUUUCUGUCCCCUAUUUGACAUCAGUCACUGCAUUAAUUGUUUGGAUACCACAUCGACCAACAGAAAAGAUAGUCCGGGUGCUGUUCCCAGGAAAUGCACCACAAAAUAAAAUCUUUGAGGGCCUUGAGAAACUGAAACACCUAGACUUUCUGCGAUACCCAGUCGCCACUCAGAAAGACAUCUCAUCUGGUGCGCCACUGCCGAUCGUUAAACAAGCUAAAACGAGAUCAAGAACGGAUAGCAAAGAGAGUCUCAAAUCUUCUCCCAAACUACACUCUAAAGCAACCAAAAAGGAAACCAUUGGACAGGAGGAAGAAAUAAAGAGUGACACCACUAAGGAGAAUAAAGUUGAAAAGAAAGAAGAGAAGAAAUUCAAAAGUGACAGUCUGAAAGCCACCAAACAGCAGAAAAACAGUGAAGUGGCCCCUGGAGCAGCUAAGACAGCAAAAAAGAAGACAUCCAAGGAAAAAACUUCCAAGCAAGAGACAGGAUCUAAGAUGGAUGAAAAGAAAGACAAAGAGAAAAAAGAAACCAAAAAAGAAAAAGUAAAGAAAGACGAAAGUAUAAAAAAGCAAGAGAAAAAGGAGAGUAAUGCAAAGGAGGACAAAAAGAAAGACUCUGUGAAACAUGAACUAAGAAAAAUCACCAAACCUGACUUGAAGCCACUCACCCCUGAAGUGAGAAAGACUCUGCACAAAGCCAAAAGUCAGGCCAAACCCAAGACAGACAAAAAUAAAAUGGUUAAAGAGGAAGCACAUGAGAAAAAGCCAGUUCCCAAGAACAUUCCUGAAGACAUUGCAGCAGCAACACAGAUCGACAGACACAUCGUAUCUUCACCCGAGGACCUCACAGAGGACUUUGAGGCUCUAAGACAGGAGGAGAUGUCCAAACAGAAGACUGAUUCUGUCCAGAGUGAUGUCAUGUCAGGAUUGCCAGUGAUCGCUGAUACUGAAGUUUCUUCCUCAGCUACUGAUAUACAAUCCACUGCACCCACCGCUCCCUUCAACCACGAAGAAGAAACCAAAGACAAAGGUGCAUCAGAACAGGGUGCAGCUACACAAAAGAUGGCUGUGAUUGAAGGUUUUGAUAAAAAGUAUGAGGAGGACAAAAUGAAGAAGUAUGACAAAUAUUUAGUAAAGGAAAAUAUAUCAGACAGAACAAAGAAAAGUGAGAGCUCAGAGGAAGAAGGGGAUGUAAUUGAAAAGGCUGAGCUAGAAGAUAUAGAAGAUGAUAAGAUCUUAAAGUUUAAAACAGAUGAGGGAAAAAAGGACAAAAAUGGAGAGAAGUGGGACACCAAACCAACUGGGCAAACAUCCUUAACAGCUGCAGCAUCAGUAACACCCUCCGCCUCUGAGCAGCUCUCUUUCAUUCAGGAUGAGACCAUCCCUGGGUAUUCAGAGACUGAGCAGACAAUCUCCGAUGAAGACAUCCAUGAAGACACAGAAGACAGGAUCCCUCAGCUGCGCUAUGAUGUGGCUGCUUAUGAUAUUUCUGUUCCUGACAUUCCUGGUACCUUUGACACCAUGCAUGGUAUUAAAGAAAUGAAGAGCUCUGCAGUUUUGGAAGUUGCAGAUGUUAAGCCCAAAGCUUUUAUUGGAGUCCAUGAGCCUGAGUUUGUACCUUACUCUGCCAUCAUUGCUGCUCCUCUUGCUGAGGAGGAGCACAUCUCCUCUGCAACAUCUAUCACAGAGUAUGACAAACUGUCUUCCUUUGCCACAUCUGUGGCUGAAGACCAGUCGAUUGCCUCAGUGACGGCACCUCAGACCGAAGACGCUGUAAGAAAUUCACUCUUGUUGGACACCAUCAACAGCGCUCCAUCACGUGCAGAGGCCGCCCAAGGAAAGGACUACCUUUACUCUGCAGGAACCAUCUCUCCCACCUCUUCACUUGAAGAUGACAAAUGCUUUAAGUCUCCUUCCUCUGACGAAUAUCAGCCCAACAUUCCAGAGAUAGAGGCUGAGUCGAAGGUGAAAUCAGUCCCCGAAGAAGAGGAAGACGAUGAAGAUGAGGACGAGGAUCAGACUCCAAAUGUUGACAUCCCUCUGAGUAAACUUCAAGAGGGCUAUGAACAUGCCGCCUCCAUGAUGCGCCAGGAAAGAGAAAAAUUCUCUCCUCCAGUCAGUCCGGUUUUGGUUAUGAAGGAAAACCAGCCUCUCGUUGGUACAGACACAUUCAUGACUCUCACUGAGACAAAGCGUGCUUCACCUCCUCCAUCUUUCUCCUUUGUCCCAGAGUCCCACUCCAGGCAAGAAAGUGAGGAAAGAUGCUUAAGUCCUGAGGACAGCACCAUGAAACUAGCUUCACCCACGCAGUCUAUGCCCACAAGUAGCAGCUACUCUCCAACAGAGGAAAAAACAUUCAGGACAGGAGAAAAAGAGGAAGGAGUGACUGAUGUGAAAGCUGACAUCCAGAAAACUGAAAGAUCAGUCACCAUCUCAGACAAUACCUCCUGUAUUGGCUUGCCAGGUGACAAAACCACAUUUGAAGUGUCUGAGGAUUCCAAUGAAGACAGUGAGGAUGAAUAUUACAUUCAAAAGGAAUUACAGCCAACUGUAAAAGCAAAACUCAUGGAAGCAAAAGAGGGUUGCUUUUUAGAUGAUGACUUCUUGUUUGAAGGGAAAAUGUCAAAAACAGAAACAGAAGUUAAAGGUUCAGACAAGUCAGGAGUGUCCUUUAGCACAACAGAGAAACCAAAACCACAAGAGAUGUUUUCUGAUGAAGAGGAUGAAAAUAAUGACAAUUUCCCAAGUGGGACAGGAACAAACCCUUUUUCAAAUGAUAAAGACAAAGUUGAGAAAAAAGAAGUGACCAUCAAAGAGCCAGAGAAAAGUGUUCAUUUUAGUCUUCAUGAUUUUCCAGAGAAGGAGGGCAGAGAAAGGGUAGCUUAUACAAGACAAGACACACCGUACGUGCACGGUAAAACAUUCUCUUAUGGAGAUCUUUAUGACAGCAAAACCAGCUCAGAGGAAUCUGAUUUGUAUCACCAAGACUCUGACGAUAAAGUGGAGCAUGAACCUGCAAAAAGAGAAGUGGAUUUGCCCAAACAUGAGCCUUUGGCACAAGUCAAGAUCAUGGACAAGAAGACAGAAAAGGAAUCCACUACAUCUUCAUGGCUGGACUCUAAGACAGAUUCUGCUACUGGUCAUUUUGAAAAAGAGACCAAAGAAAAAGAAACACUUAAAUACUGUCAAGCUAGCAAUUUCCCAUCUGUGGCUGACAGACCUGAAGCUUUGACCACUUCUUUGUCAUCAGAACAAAACUCCAUUUUGAAAAGCCAAACCGAUAGCACAAAGUCUUUGGCAUUCUCCACAGUGACAUCUGAUAUUUUUGGCUACAGCGAGAAAGAAGCAUGUUUAGAGGUGAAUAUGCAAAAGCUAACUGCAAGGGAUGAAGAGGAUUAUGAUGAUGAUGUAGUCAUUGAUGAUGAUGAUGAUGAUGAGGAGGAGGAGGAGGAGGAGGAGGAGGAGGAAAUGGAGGAGGAAGAUGAAAGCAGUGCUGAUUCUGAUAUUGAGAAAGGUGCCAAAGAGAAGUCUGAGAAGGAAGUAAAAGGUCCAGUAAGUCAAAUGUUUAGCUCAGAUAGACCCGAGUUCAUGGUUUCUAUGGUUGGAUAUGGUUUUAACAGUCAGGGGAAGCUGACUGUCAACAACAGCAGCUUAAGUUCUCUUCUAAAGACUGAGGACGAAACUAAGACUGAAUCCACAUCUAUCAGUGGAGAGCCAAUGGAUUUACGAGCCACAAGUUUCUCUGCUUAUUCUUCAGGAUUUGAAUACUCACACGAAAGAGACAGGAAAGAGCCAUUCUUACUAAAUCAGACUAGAGACACAGGAAAACAAGAUUUUACCUUGAAGUCCAGAGAGGACAGUUGUUACCAAAGCGACAGAGACAAUCUUGAAUUUGAGAAGCAGAAGGCACCUGAUGUACUGAGAAAGAGCUCUCUGGAAACUAGUUUUCAGUAUACAACCACAGCUGGCCCUGGGUACUCCUCCUCUUCAGCCUACAGCUACUCUUCUUCCACCUCAGGCUCCCUCUCCACCAGCCGACAAUUCGGAGAGGAGCUAGAGACACCUGCUUCUGCUGAGCCCCUCUUUGAGUACUCUUCCUUUAAAGAAGAACAGUCCUUGGUCAUGAAUUCUCCCUUCUCCAGCUCAGCUGGCACCAAAGAUGACUAUCUGGAAGUUUCAGAGAAACAAAUCACUGUAACAACCACAGCAGAAUCUAGUUUACCUAGUUUCUCACACAUCAGUCCAUCUGAGGAGUUCAAAACCUUCUCUUCACUCUCAUCCACUGUUGUUUCUGAAGACAAGAAGGAACAUACAGCUCCAAUAGGUGGAGUUCCUGAUAAAGGUUCUGUGUCUGACUGCUUCUAUAAGCCUGAGUGGUCUAAAGAAACCAAGCUGGACACAGCUGCUGGAUUUUCAGCCUCAGCAAGUCCUUUCUUAGACUUCUCCAUUGACAAAGAGGCAGCCAGUGCUGCUCUGUAUGGCGUCACUUCCUCUCCUCGCCCAGACAUUGAAGGCAAGCACUACUUUGAGGAGACUGACAGUAGUGAGGAGGAGGAGGAGGAAUAUGUGCAUGAAAUUACUCGCAGGUCUCCUUCCAGUGGUUUGACUGGAAGCCUCCCAUUUUCUGGUAAGCCCAUCACUCCAGCAUCAAGUGAAAAAACGAGCGAUGCACUUCCAGAUAUUCUUGGCUCCUACAUGUCAGCACCUCUUCACACCAGCAAGUCAGACAAAACAAAAAGUCCCACAGAGGUCAUUGCAAGCACCAAUCUCCUUGUUGGAGUAGCAGCUUCAGGCUCAGCCAAACUGGAGUCCAGAGAGGGUGCAACAAGUUAUGUCAGGAAUUCAUAUGAGUGGGAAAUGUCAAAGCCUCAGAUGGGUAUGGUACCUGGAGAUUCCCCUCCUCAUUACCGACAUGAUGAUGAAUUUGAGGAAGAGUGUGAGAUGGAGCCAGCGCACCCUGCUCGUCCACUUUCACUUGUUUCAACUGAUCAGCCAUUCCACUCACAGUUUUAUGCAGAAGAGUGCAGCCAAGGUGAGCAGGAUGAUGAUGAAGAUGAUGAUGAUGACAGCAAUCAGGAUGCACCGAUAGGAGCAACCUCCUCUUAUACGAGUCGCACCUCUCCAGGAUAUUCAUCCUCAGAGUACAGGCAACGCAAAGAAGACCUGUCGCCCUCCUUCAUCAACCCCUGCAUGCGUCAGUUUUCCACAGAUGAGGAUGAUGAGGAGGAAGGUUGCAGGAGUGAUCAGUCACAGGAGGGUCAUGAGCAUGACCUGUCAGUGAAGAAAAGGGCUCACAAACAGCCCCAUUUGCAUCAGUCCCACAGUAGGGACAGUAGCUCUUUGCAUCAAGUUGGUGGGCUGUCAGCAGGGUUUGGUCUGGCUACAGAGGAUACUCCACCAACCUCUAUCAGUGAGCCUCUAGGCUCUCAGUCGGACUCUGAUGUCCCUCCAGGCACAGAAGAGUACCCGUCAGUUGCUGGUGAAGGCAACAUGGACUCGGAUGAAGAUGGAGAUUACAUGCCUGUUGAUAAAUCUACCACAGGAGGAGGUAGCCACCACUCUGCCUCCAGGAGGAACCAUGACCCUCCUCCUGCUCCUCUCAUGGACCCUUUCCCUCACCCUCCUCACCCAGAUGUUUGCAUGGUGGACCCAGAAUCUUUGGACAAAAGCUCUCUUAAGAAAGAACCCAAAGCAAAAAGCUUGAAGAAGUCUUCGGGGAAAACCAAAUCAGCAUCUCCAGCUAGGCGCAAGAGAUCUCCCAUGCCCGUCAAACAAACGCCGUCUCCACGCAGUGCCUCGUUGAAGAAAAAAGAGACUGACAAAAGUUCACGCAUGUCUCGUCUGUCAGAUGUUCAAGGCACCAAAGAGGAUGACCUCUCCAGAUCGAGCUACAACCCCGGCAAAGGGCUAACAAAUGGUGUCAAGAGCAGCUCAGGCUCUCAGAAAUCCGGCUCUCCAGCUGCUCUUGGCCUUCCCAUUUAUGUGGACUUGGCCUACAUUCCUAACCACUGCAGUGCCAAGAAUGUGGACCAGGAGUUCUUCAAACGCAUUCGCUCUGCCUACUACGUAGUGAGCGGAAAUGAUGCCGCCGGGGGUGAGCCGAGCCGAGCGGUCCUUGAUGCUUUGUUGGAUGCCAAAGCUCAGUGGGGAUCAAACUUACAGGUUACGCUGAUCCCGACCCACGACACGGAGGUGACUCGUGACUGGUAUCAGCAGACACACGAGAGGCAGCAGGAGCUCAACAUCAUGGUUCUGGCUUCCAGCAGCACAGUCGUCAUGCAGGACGAGUCUUUUCCAGCGUGCAAGAUCGAGUUUUAAGAUUCUUUCUCUCCU